AUGUCUUCCUCCACCAAAAGAAUUGCAUUACCAGCCAGAGUCGAACCAAAGGUGUUCUUCGCCAACGAAAGAACCUUUCUCUCAUGGUUGAAUUUCACCGUCAUCUUGGGAUCCUUGGGUGUCGGUUUGUUGAAUUUCGGAGAUUCUGUGGGUAGAAUCUCUGCUGGAUUAUUCACGUUCAUUGCCAUGUUAACUAUGAUUUACGCAUUAGUCACCUACCACUGGAGAGCCAAGGCCAUCAGAUUGAGGGGCUCUGGUCCAUACGAUGACAGAUUUGGUCCUACCAUGUUGUGUGUCUUUUUAUUGGUGGCUGUUGUCGUCAACUUCAUCUUGAGAGUCAGAUCUUAA